AUUGACUCGGACUCUCUCUCUCUCUCUAUUCCUCUCUGUCACGUACUUCAAACUUUCCUUCGCCAUUUCUCGGGUCCGAGAAAUUGGAGCUACAUCUGAUAUUCGCCAAAGAAGCUUUCCUCGCCUUUUCCUCUUCCACAGCCUCAGAUCGGGUCCGCAGAGGAUCUUCGAUUUUGAAGAAGAGCUGAAGAGAGAGAAAGAGACAUUGUGUUUUUCGCAUUUGGUUGUUUCGGCUCUGGAUCUGACCGGCGAUGGCUUUGUCCGGCAUGCGAGGCCUCUCGGUCUUCAUCAGCGACAUUCGGAAUUGCCCGAACAAAGAGCAGGAGAGGCUUCGGGUCGACAAGGAGCUCGGCAACGUCCGUACCCGCUUCAAGAACGAAAAGGGUUUGACCCACUAUGAGAAAAAGAAAUAUGUUUGGAAAAUGCUUUACAUUUAUAUGUUGGGUUAUGAUGUGGAUUUUGGUCACAUGGAAGCUGUUUCUCUAAUAUCUGCACCAAAGUAUCCAGAAAAGCAGGUUGGGUACAUCGUGACAGCUUGCUUACUAAACGAGAACCACGAUUUCCUGCGAUUAGCCAUAAAUACAGUGCGCAAUGAUAUUAUUGGCAGGAAUGAGACUUUCCAAUGCCUGGCACUGACGAUGGUUGGGAAUAUUGGUGGAAGAGAAUUUGCUGAGUCUUUAGCACCUGAUGUUCAGAAGUUAAUUAUAUCUAGCAGCUGCAGACCGCUUGUAAGAAAGAAGGCUGCGUUAUGUCUACUGCGUUUGUACCGGAAAAAUCCUGAUGUAGUAAAUGUAGAUGGAUGGGCGGAUCGUAUGGCUCAACUUUUGGAUGAACGUGAUCUUGGUGUUUUGACAUCCUCUAUGAGCCUUCUUGUUGCCCUUGUAUCAAAUAACCAUGAAGCUUACUGGAGUUCUCUUCCAAAAUGUGUUAAAAUACUGGAGCGGCUUGCUAGAAAUCAGGAUGUUCCACAAGAGUACACUUACUAUGGGAUCCCAUCUCCUUGGCUUCAGGUUAAGACGAUGAGGGCUCUACAGUAUUUUCCUACUAUCGAAGAUCCAAAUACCAGAAGAUCAUUGUUUGAGGUCUUACAACGGAUAUUGAUGGGCACUGAUGUUGUGAAAAAUGUAAACAAGAACAAUGCAUCGCACGCUGUUCUUUUUGAAGCCCUUGCUCUUGUUAUGCAUCUAGAUGCUGAAAAAGAGAUGAUGUCUCAGUGUGUUGCACUUCUGGGAAAAUUUAUAGCUGUGCGAGAACCGAAUAUCCGAUAUCUUGGGUUGGAGAAUAUGACGCGCAUGUUGAUGGUAACAGAUGUGCAAGAUAUUAUUAAAAGACAUCAGGCUCAGAUUAUCACCUCAUUGAAGGAUCCCGACAUCAGUAUUCGUAGGCGAGCACUCGAUUUGCUUUACGGCAUGUGUGAUGUUUCAAAUGCAAAAGACAUAGUUGAGGAAAUAUUGCAGUAUCUUAGUACGGCGGAAUUUGCAAUGCGUGAGGAAUUGUCACUUAAAGCUGCUAUACUUGCGGAAAAGUUUGCCCCUGAUCUUUCAUGGUACGUGGAUGUAAUUCUUCAGUUGAUUGACAAGGCUGGAGAUUUUGUGAGUGAUGAUAUAUGGUUUCGGGUUGUGCAAUUUGUUACAAACAAUGAAGACCUACAGCCGUAUGCAGCUGUAAAAGUCAAAGAGUAUCUUGACAAGCCAGCCAUACACGAGACAAUGGUUAAGGUAAGUGCGUAUAUCCUUGGAGAAUUUGGGCACCUUUUGUCUAGACGGCCUGGGUGUGGUCCAAAGGAGUUAUUCAACAUUAUACAUGACAAGCUUCCUACUGUAUCAACUUCUACGAUACCCAUUCUUCUUUCAACAUAUGCUAAGAUCUUGAUGCAUACUCAACCACCGGAUCCGGAACUACAGAAUCAGAUUUGGGCGAUAUUCAGCAAAUAUGAGAGCUGCAUUGAUGUUGAAAUACAACAACGAGCUGCGGAGUAUUUUGCCUUGAGUAGGAAAGGUGCAGCUCUAAUGGAUAUAUUGGCUGAAAUGCCCAAGUUCCCAGAGCGACAGUCAUCCUUGAUCAAAAAGGCUGAAGAUGCUGAAGUUGAUACUGCUGAACAAAGUGCUAUCAAGUUGCGGACCCAGCAGCAAAUGUCAAAUGCUUUAGUUGUAACUGACCAACGUCCUGCUAAUGGCACUCCCUUAGUGGGCCAGCUCAGUCUCGUCAAAGUGCCCAGCAUGACCAAUAAUACGGAUGUCAAUUCAGCUGAUCAAGGAUUGACCCCGGAAAAUGGGGCCUUGACUACAGUUGAUCCACCACAACCUUCAGCUGAUCUUCUUGGUGAUCUUUUGGGUCCUCUGGCUAUUGAAGGUCCUCCAACUGCCAUCCAAUCUCAGCAAAAUAUAGUCUCUGGAUUGGAAGGUGAUCAUGCAGUGGAAGCCACAGCCAUAGUUCCUGUUGAUGAGCCACAGAAUUCUGUACAGCCAAUAGGAAACAUUGCCGAAAGAUUUCAUGCUUUGUGCUUGAAGGAUAGUGGUGUUCUUUAUGAGGAUCCUCAUAUUCAGAUUGGCAUAAAAGCAGAGUGGAGAAUGUAUCAUGGGCGUCUUGUUCUUUUCUUGGGAAACAAGAACACCACACCACUUGUUUCAGUUCAGGCUAUAAUUUUGCCUCCGUCCCAUUUAAAAAUUGAGCUAUCGUUAGUACCAGAAACUAUUCCUCCUAGGGCACAGGUGCAAUGCCCACUUGAGGUUGUGAAUCUCCGUCCAAGCAGGGAUGUGGCAGUGCUGGACUUUUCCUACAAGUUUGGUAACAAUGUGGCCAAUGUCAAGCUUCGUCUGCCAGCUGUCCUAAAUAAAUUUCUUCAGCCUAUAUCAGUAUCCGCGGAAGAGUUUUUUCCCCAAUGGAGAUCACUAUCAGGACCACCUCUGAAGCUCCAAGAAGUGGUUAGAGGUGUAAAACCACUACUGCUCAUGGAAAUGGCAAAUUUAUUUAAUAGUUUCCGGUUAAUCGUUUGUCCAGGGCUUGAUCCCAAUCCAAAUAACCUUGUUGCAAGCACCACAUUUUUCUCCGAAAGUACACAGGCCAUGCUUUGCUUGGUUAGAAUUGAAACAGAUCCAGCUGACAGAACUCAGUUGCGGGUGACAAUUGCCUCAGGAGACCCUACACUGACAUUUGAGUUGAAGGAGUUCAUUAAAGAACAAUUAGUUAGCAUACCGUCAGUCCCCACAGCCCCUCGUGCAUCACCUGGACAGGCGCCACCAGCGCCUCCAGUAGCCCAACCGACCAGUUCGGCAGCAGCAUUAUCAGAUCCUGGGGCUCUGCUGGCUGGCUUGCUGUGACAGAGGAAGGUGAUAGCUGCCUGAGGAAUUGUUCAUUAAACAUUAAACACAAAAAAAAAAAAAAAAAACCUGAUUUAUACCGCCUGCCCACCCGGUUUAUCCCUCCGAGUUAAAGAGGUUGAUCAAUCGUCGAUGAUGCAAGAGCUGGCGGGAAAUUAAGGGUGAGCUAAUUUGUGGUCGGCUUUGUGUCGUGAGUUGGGGAUUUUGAGGGGUUGGUCGGGGUUUUGAAAUUCUUUUCUGCACAUUGCAGUUGUGCCCAAGUGAGAUAGUUUUCUUUUUUCCUUUCUCGGGUUGAGGUUUUUGUUUCUUUUUCAUUUCAUUUUGUCAGUUCCCUGAUAGUGAAUUGGUUUCUGUAAUACCUAUAUUUGACAGCGUGUAAGAUAUCCCAUGUAGUAGACUAGUUGUAAAAGUAUGGCGUUGUUUGUUAGUCGUAA